AUGAAACCCUUCGAAGAUAGAAUUUUUUAUCCGCUCAACGUUAUCAGUUUUUGCAUGGAAGGCAAAGAUGAGGUCAAAGUCAUUGACUUUAUCAACAAAUUAAAAUUUCUUUCAGAGAAGCAUACUACUGUUGAAAAGCAAGGUUCUACAGAAGACAAAAAAGAUCCUGACAUUGAAACUUCCACUGAUGAAGAAUAUGUAGGCGACAAUCAAAUAAAUGAAGAAGCCAGCAAGGCAACAUCUGAGGAAAUACCACCACCGAAAACUGAAAACACAGAUAAUUCUCCAAGCAGCAGUUCCGCUGUUGCAGAUGAUGAAAAUGUCGUGGGUGAAGGUGACCAACGACAACAAUACUUGCAGUGGAUACAAAAAGAAGUACCCAAGUUUGGAGGAAUGAAGCAGAAAGUGGAAAAUAUCAUGAAGUUAUUCAGUGUUGACAUUGGCUUCAACAACAGUAAUUGGUGUGAUAUACUCAAUGACAAAGUAAAAUAUUUCUCAGAUGAGGAUCUUGAGGAGCUUGUCGGAAAAUUAAAAGAUUUGCAGAAAGAAGCUGAAGAAGUUGACUCUAGAAAACUUGAUGAUAUGUCUAGUUCAGAAGCUUCAUCCUCCUCUGUUGACGAUCAUUAUUCAAAAACAGAUUUUAUUCUCGUUGAAUUUCGUGCUCUUACUCAAGAAAAAUCGCUGAAAAUCAAAACAAACUAUCAGAAUAAUAUGACCACAAUGCAAAAAUCUCAAAAGUGUAAGUAUUUUUCUUGCAAACUGAAGUUUCCAAAAGAUUUCAGAGAAAUACAAUACAAAUAUUAUAAAGAUCAACAUGCAGAAAUUCUGUUGAACUCGAAUUCACCUUCUAUAUUGAGGCAUCAUGAUCUUUCCAAAGAAGCAAGAGAUUGCGAUAUCAUUUUGUAUGAUUCUGUAACCUUGAAAAAUGCCAAAAACUUUGGAAAGUUGAUUGAUUUAUUGCCACCAGACUUUUAUAUUGAUUCCAACAUUGGUGAUUUAUUGAGCGGUAUUUACAAUUGGACACAUACAAUGCUGACUGGGUGGAAAUUAUUAAAUAAUGGAAAAUUGGCAGUUAUUCGACCUGUGAUUAUUGAAGUGGAAGAUGCUCUCACUGAGUGGACAAAAAAACUUCUGAAACGUCGCAUUGAAAACUCAAUGAAUAAGAUUUUUGUCGGUCAUGCUAUUGCGAAUGCCUUUUUCAAGGGCAAUGUUGUUAUCAGCAAAGAAGAUUUACUAGAAAACCUAUUUCAACUCAUGAACACGGAAAAACUCACAUCAAAUGAAUACGAAACACUUUUUGUGUUAUUGAAAGAAAAUCUUGGGGAGUAUUGGGAUGGUGAAAAAAGUUUUAAAUUCACUAUGGAAAAAUUAUUUUGCAACCCCAAGUUGAUUCCAACAUUUCUCCUUGCACUUCCAUUUUAUUGGACAAUCCAAGCUGACAUUGAGGGUCACUCUAUUCAUGAAAACACUGGUAUUGUCUUGCCCUCUGAGAAUAAUACUAUUUGGACAAAUAAAGAAAAUGCCUGGAAAUCUGACAAAAAUAUGUGCAAGGCUCUCAAAAGGUUGAAACCUUCCAUCAACCUCAUUGCCAAACGCUAUCCCCAAAUAUGUAAUGUCUAUAUGCUAUUCUUGGAUGAUAAGUCACAAUUAGCUUAUGUUGAAGAACGUGGAACGCUCGAUUGGCAUGAUAUAAUUAAUAAAUUUCAAAAUUGUGAUAAACACAACGGAAAAGUGUACAAUGAAUAUUUGGAAAAUGAGUUUAAAUCCCACGAUGACAGCCUUUCAUUUUUAAUAAACUGGCAAUAUGCAGUUGGUAUUAUAGGUUGUCAGCUCAGUGAAAAAAACAAAAAAUUCAUUGAUGAUGGUGAAAAUGCGUUCAGAGCUCUUGUUGAAAAAUUGAGAUCAGGCCAAAUAAUUUCUCCUGAAUUUAGAUUGUUAAGGAAAAACGCUAGACAAUGCAGAGAUUUAUAUCAGUGUUUCAUGGGAAAUCCUGUCGAUUUUGAUGUAUUGAUUGAAAGCUGGCAUAGCGCCAACAAAUCAUAUGUAAACUGUCUAUCUUACAUUGAAAUGUACAUACAAGAUUGUGAAAAACUAUGUAGCGAAGAAAUUGAUGUUGAGUUAGAAGACUUGAAAGAAUUGCUUUCUGAAGAAACAGAUGACUCUAUGACCUUGAAUGAGAUGGCAGAGAAACGGAAGUUGAGAACUUGUAUGCAUGAAUAUCUGGAUGAUAUUGAAAGAACAGGAAAAUUUAAAAAUUGCACAUGGUUUACCUUUAUAUGGGAAUUGAUAGCAAAUGAGAAAAUGAAUCAUUUGAAGAGUCAAUAUCAAGGCGUAACGAUGAAAAUAUCUUGGCAAAAAAUUGCAGAAGAAAUUUUGAGACCUGCAGAAGAUAGAUUAAGUUUGGUUGCAAAACAAAUCAGUGAAGGUACAAUAAUUCUGAAAGAAAUACCAUACCUUCUGGGAGACAUAUCAGAAAAUUUUCUUGCAAAGGAUUUGGAAAUUCUCAGUAGUGUUGAGAAGAUAAAUGACAUAUAUGAAGCUGAAAGACAGUUGAAGGACUAUUUGAGCCUGAUGAAAUCGUUGUCAGCUAUUCAUCUUUUAAAUCAAAUAAAGAAAGAAUUGGAACUGGAAGGGAAUUUUUCUUCACUUUCAGAAAUAAAUGAAAGUUUGCUUGAAGUUGACUUGAGGAAUAUGGAAAAGCUGCCAGACAUUUGCAAGGGAUUUUCUCACAAUGAUUCUGUUGUAAUGGAGGCUUUCUUGUCUCAAAAGGAACUGAUAAAAUGGAUGUUGGAAAAAUUUAAAAAAUCGCAGGAUAUCAGAACCUUUCGCGAUUUGGCUAGGACGAAAGUUGGAGAUGAGCAGAUCGAGCUGGACAGAAUAUCCGUCAUACAUUCUGCUUUCCAAGCGUUUUCACCACUUCUGCUUGACUUAAAUAAAAUAAAUGAAGCCAAUAUCCUGAAAUCCACUUAUUCGCAAGUACAAUCAGCAUAUGAAAAUGACAACUCUAUUUUGAAGAACUGGAGGUAUGCCGGAAUACAUUUGUCGUGGAUAUCUGACAUUUAUGACAUUAUUGGAUCAUCAGGGAAGCAUGCAAUGGAGGUUGUGCAGGAAAUAAAUGACAAUGGAAUGUAUAUAUUACAAAUUGAAAAAGAAAGAGCAAUGAAUUUAAACAGCUGUAUAGUCCUAAAAAUGGAUAAUAAAAAAAAAAGUUUUGCUGAAUUGCGAGAUUUGCAAUCUCGUUUGACAUUAAUCUCUGGUGAGAAAGAAGAUGUAGAGCAAGUUACAAUAUUUGUAAAUUUACUGACAGCUGUGGAAUCCUUGGCACUUUCAUGCAUACAAUUAUCAGAAUUAGGAUGCCUCCUUUUUGCCAAUUUCCGAGUUACAAUUUCUAAAAGAAAAGUCGAUGAAGAAAAUCCAGAACGUAUUGAGUCAACUUUCACUAUAACAAUAUCUUUGAAUAAAGAUACCAAUCCGAUAACCGGAGUGGGUUCCUUGGGCACUAUAGAUGAUAUCAUUGUUUCAAUGCGUGAAAUCUUAGAAAGAUGGAAAGAUCAUCUUGAGAAAACACUUCUACAAUAUUACUUCCUAAAUGAAUUCAGCAUCACCCAGUUGACAUACUUGUGUGAAGCUCUUGGACAGAAAACGUUAAGCAAUAUUUCGGAUAAAACAAAAAUGCUUCUUGCCCAAAUUUCUCAAGAUACAACCAAAACGAACAUUAAGAAGGCUUUAGAAAAGUCGACUGAAGUGGCAGAUAUGGAAGAGGACAGAGAUAAAACAAAUAGGACAGAUUCACAAAAUGUUGACGAAAUUGACAACAAGAGACAUGCUGUACGAGAUCUUUGUCUUAAAAGAAAUAUUCCUGAAAAAUUAGCACGAGCUGCUGUGGCAGCUAAUGGAAAUGAUGUUAAUAAGUGUGUGAGAUGGACUAUACUCAACAAAACUAAACAUGAGCUUGUUGAAAAGUUUUAUCAAGAGUUUCAACAAAAACUUGAAUGGGCAUACACUCAGAAAAAGUUGGAGCCCAAUUAUGAAGUUUUAUCGGAUCGAGACUCUAAAACUUUAGAACAAGUUUUGAAAAGGUUGCAAUUGGUGCAAAAAACUGAAGAUGGUCUUAGCAUAUCUAUUCGCACAUUGUAUGAAGCGUUCAUUGCACAAACUACGUUCUUAUCACUAGAAGGCUUGCUGAGUUUGAAACAUCUUGGGAAAUUUUUGUACCUAUUAGCAAAAACCCAGAGUCCAGACAGAAUUCCAAACCGAAAACUGGUGGCUCCAUGUUUGCAAGGAAAAGUAAAUGUGGUUAUACGCGAUGAACAUGAAAUUCUUCUUACAAUAAUUUCGCUAUACGCAGCGCAACGGGAGGAAUGUCUGCCUACAACUUCCGAAAUAAUGAUUUGUCAUGAAAAAACCUCUAUUGCUGAGUUGACAAGAUUCUUCAAGAGGGUGUUGUGCAAGUGUGAUAUCAAUGGUUCACCAAUUUUCUGUCUUGCUGCAACUCAAAAGCUUCCACAUAAUGUUUCAGAAAUGGCGGGAAAUAUAUUUCAUGAAUUACUGAAAAGGGAUAAGACUGAGGAAUAUCAGCUUGUAAUCAUUUCUUGUGACCGCAGACAUUAUCUGUCUAACUGUUUUGAGCAGGAUCACACUCCAGUAUUUUCUCGUUUAACUGACCAACAAAUUUCUGAUUACCUAUGUGACAAAUUGAAAUCUGAUAUUCCGUGUGAAACCAGUUCUGAGAUUGUCAGAGUUGUUAUGUCCGACCGAUCUGGCCUUGGCAAAUCAUUGCAUAUACAUGACUUGCAAGAAAGUAUGACACAAGAAAUGGAAAGAAAGGGACAAAAAUUAAAUGUUACUACCAUUCGAUACAUGGAAAAGCUUCUUGAUGUUGAAUACUUCACUGCAAGAUUCAUUGAUGGAAAGGCUGCAAAUGACGAAUUUCAUUUUAUACAUCUUGAUUUAACGCCAGCUGUUAAAGAGGGCCUUCUACAAUUUGUAUUUAAUCUCUUUAUAUUGGGAUGCAUUGAAGAUAACAAAGGAAAUAUUUGGAGAAGAAACAAACGUCAUUUUUACGCUGUUGAAGUCACAGAUUUUAACGAGGAAUUAUCUUCAAUCAACCAGUUUUGGGGAAUUUUGCCUAACGUGAGAUGCCUGUCUCCAUGUGAUAUCCAAAAAGGUGCAAAUCAGAGAAUAAUGAUGAAUCAUGCUAAGCUGGAAUCUGAAAUUUUCCAGCGACCUGCUCAGUAUCUUCUCAAAUAUGACAAUAAUCCUGACUCAUUGGAUGAUUUUAGAUUUGAUCCUGCAAGCCCAAAAGUUGAUGAACGCACAUGUCUCAACAUAUUGUUAAAGCAUUGCUCAAUUGAUAAUCCAUCCUGGGCGCAAGUACAACACUUUGCUGCAUUUUUAGACCUCCAGUUCAGAAAUUGUGAGAAUUCUAUUUUUUGUAUGAAACAUGUAUCAGAUUUAGAUGGUCUCAAACUCUUUGCAGUAAAGUUUAUGAUACUUAUGUCCCAAGAUUUUUCAACGCCGUCACUUAUAAUGGCUGACACUAGUAAAAAAGAUGCAGAAAUUUUCCAGCAACAUAAGUUACGUCGAAAGUGGGAAGAACAGUCCCAUCCUUUUGUUUUCUUUAAUGAUGACCAAGCAUCUAUGACAUUUAUUGAUGUGAAUAUCAACAAUAUUGGGGAUCUUGUGGAUCAGAAAGGUGAUGUUUUGGAAAAAGCUAUAAUUCCUUACAAAUAUAUCGAGUUAAUUGAAAAGUUGAAAAAACAAGGUGUUCUGUUGAAUGAUCAAUUUGAAAAUCUUACAAGAAAAGAAAAACUCAAAGAAAUAUGCAAGGUGAUGGGUGUACCUGUCACAGACUGCUCAAUAUCAAAUAAAUUACUGAAAUUUGUCAAAACGAUCCGUUCUGAUGGAAAAGCAAAAAUUGGUCCAGAUUAUGUUGAAGUUGUAUCUCAGCAACAUUUGCCACUAUUAUAUCAUUUAAAAAGAAACAUACUUUUGGGAAGUAAGUUUGAAGAAAUUGAAAAUGUAUUGGGAAUAAUUGCAGAAAAAUCCGGGAUUGAAUUUAGAAAAACUGAAGUGCCUGAUCCAGAUCCAACUUAUGAGUUAACAACAAAUAAUGUUCUCAAGAUGUUGGCCAUUUACAUGAGAUUUCUUUGCAAUAUUCCUGUAAUUAUUAUGGGAGAAACUGGAUGUGGAAAAACAAGGAUGAUAAAGUUUAUGAGUGAACUUAAACGUGGAACAUUGAAAGUUCAGAAUCUUAUGACACUUCGUGUACAUGGUGGAACGAGUGUUUCAGAUGUCCAUAAACACAUUGAAAGGGCUGAAAGAAGAGCUGGAGAUAAUUUUCAAAAUCAUAAAUUGAAAUCUAUACUAUUUUUUGAUGAAGCAAACACAACUGAAGCUAUCUACGCAAUAAAAGAAGCUUUGUGUGACUUUGAAAAAAAAUAUAGUUUUGGUAAACUUCUCCAGAUUGUUGCAGCCUGUAAUCCUUACAAAAAAUUAACUGAUGAUUCAAUCAAAAAUUUAAACCAAGCAGGCUUAGGAUAUAAUGUGCAAAAUGCUCAGGAACAUCUUGGCUCUAUUCCUAUGCGAUAUCUUGUUUAUCGUGUUGUUCCUAUCCCACCAAGCAUGCAACCAUUUAUUUGGGAUUUUGGACAACUUCAGGGUGAGGAAGAAAAAAAGUAUAUUAACCAAUUAGUAAUGAAGCUUGACAAAGACCUCCCAGAAGCAUUGCAAGAUAGCUUCUUGACUAAAAUGACAGAAGUACUAUAUCUUAUUCAAGCAUACAUGCGGAAACAAAUGGAUGAAUGCAAGUAUGUGAGCCUCAGAGAUGUGGAGAGAUGUAUGACUGCUUACAAAUGGUUUUACACAAAUAUGAGUUGGCUGAUGCCUGGAAUUCAAAGUUCAGGAGAUGAAGAACAUAAAGCCACAUUGGUACUCCUUCAGGUUAUUGGUUUCUGUUACCAUGUUUCGCUAGAAAAUAGAACAAAUUUCAGAAAAGAACUUUCCACGAUAUUUAAUCAUCUUUUUGGUUUUAGAAAUUUGACUGAAGACAAAAUAUUAUCCAAGUUCACUGCUUGCCAAUCAAUUAUUGUGGAUGGAAUGAAAGUUGGAAAAAACAUUUCAAAAAAUUCAGCAUUAAAGGAAAAUAUAUUUGUCAUGGCAUUGUGUGCAGAAAUGAAAAUUCCUUUGUUUUUGAUCGGAAAGCCAGGAAGCUCAAAGUCUCUGGCGAAGACAAUAAUUUCUGACAACAUGCAUGGCGCAAACUCUGAAUCUAGCAUUUGUAAAAAAUUUAAAGAAGUUGAAAUUUCUACAUUUCAAUGCAGUGCUCUCACCAGAGCAGAAGAAAUAGAAGGUAUUUUUUCCCAAAGCAAUCGGGUUCAAUCAGGUCACAGAAACUAUGAAAAAUAUGUUGCCGUAGUGGUACUCGAUGAGAUUGGUUUGGCUGAAGAUUCAUCCCAUAUGCCUCUCAAAGUUCUACAUUCUUUGCUUGAAACGGGAACAGUUGUGGAUGACCUAUUGGAAACUAAAAAUAAUCCUUCAAAAAGGAUUGGAUUUGUUGGAAUCUCGAAUUGGUCACUUGAUCCAGCAAAAAUGAAUCGUGGAAUUUUUGUGUGCAGAGGGAAACCCGACAAAGAAGAGCUCAUGAAAACAACAGAGGGAAUAUUUGAUGACUGUCCACAGUAUGUUAAAAAUACCAUUCAUCCUGUUAUAAAAGCUCUGAUCAAUGCAUAUUUAAAAGUGUAUGAAACAGAUACCAGAGAAUAUUUUGGUCUUAGGGACUUGUAUAGUCUAAUGAAGAUGGUAAAACACCUUGGAAUAUAUUGUUUUGAGAAUCGUCAAGACCUUAAAAUGAAUGAUGUCAUGAAUGCUGUCUACAGAAAUUUCAGUGGUGGCCAAAGAUCUUGCAUAUCAGAUUUUGAAAAAGAACUAAAAGAAGGAAAUAUAUUUUUUGACUUUAAUUUUGCCGAGCCGAGCAUCUAUGAACUUCUGGAAGAAAAUUUGAAAACUGAAAAUCGAUAUUUGCUAUUGUUGACCAAACAACAUCCAGCUUGUGAUCUUUUAAACGUCGCCAUUCCAGGGAAUGACCAUGAAAAUAGACUACAAGUAAUUUUUGGAUCUGCAUUUCCUGGUGACAAGAAUUAUGCAGCUCUUUGUAGAAAUGUAAACAAGAUCAAAGCAUGUAUGGAGACCGCAUGUACUGCUGUGAUAAUAAACUUGGAUGAAAUUCACGAAUCACUAUACGAUGCCUUGAACCAACAUUAUGUGACUUUAUCAAAUUACAAGUAUGUCAAUCUUGGUUUUGGAUCUUCAGAGCAUCGAGUACAAUGCAGGGUUCAUGAUGAUUUUCGAAUGAUUUUUUUGGAAGAAAAAGAUCAUGUUUACAAUCAUUAUCCAAUACCACUUGUCAAUCGACUUGAAAAACAUCAUUUCACCUCGGAAAGAUUGCUGUCUGAAGAACAGCGUAAAAAAGCGUCAUCUUUAGAGGAUUGGGCCAGAAAGUUUUGUGUUUCUCAUAACUCUGAAAAUUUUUAUUUAUUUGACACUUUUAUUGGAUAUAAUUCAGACACUGGAAGCUCUAUUGUUCUUGUAUCUGAUGCUAUAAAAGCAGCAGAUGUAGAUUUGUCACUCGAAACAGUUCCGAAGGAUCCUCUCGAACCAUACAAACACAGAAUGCUUUUAUCCGCGACUAUUGACGGUGUGUUUAGACUUUACAGAACAAGCAUCACAAAAGAAGCAGAUGAUAUCAGAGAAAAUCACUUGAAGAACCAGCAACAUGAUACGCUUCUUCAAUUUCUCGAUACUCAAUGUCAACAUAAAAAAGGUAUCUCACUAUUUGAAGUGACAACAUUUUCUGACCUUUUGCUGGAAAAAGACAGAAAGAUUCUGGAAGAGUUUUUGCCUAUAGUUGAAAACAGCAUUAUGGUUUUAUCAAUCCACCAAUUUGAUACUAUUUUACAGUAUUCAAACCGACUUGAUGAUUUUUUUAGGGAACGAAAAUUUCUAAAGUCAUACAAUGAAAAUACCCGCAUAUUGCUAAUUCAAUGUGUAUCGGCCCACAAUAAUCGUGAGCUGAUUGCCUGCGCUCAUCAUUGCCUCAUGAAUAAACUGAGGCAUUAUCAAAUAGAGCAAAGCAAUGUUCAGCGGUUGAUAAUAGCCUUCCUUUUAUCAACGACCCGAAAAUGCAAUUCUAAUGGAUCAGAUGGAAAUGCAUUCUCUUUACAGCAUACAACAACAGGAAAAAUUGUAUAUGUUGAUGAAAUGAGGCCAUCUACAAGAUAUUUUGGUCAUGUGAAUGAGUACUUCAACAAGUCUCUUCCUUCCAUUUUUCAACAAGCACUGCAUGAGCUACCUGACUCCGAUACUUCUGCUGAACAUGAUCAAACCUCUUUUGACAUUUCAAUAUUGUUGAGAGCAAGUCUAUGUGAAGCUAUUUGCAAAGUAGAAUCUCAAGCAACCUCAAGAAAUGAGGAAUUAAUCAAAAUUUUAAUGAAGCUUUUCAAAAGAAAGCAGUUCUUCAUUUUGUUAUGGAAAAAAAUGGUGUCCACUCUUGAAGAGCGAGAGGAGGAACUGAAAUCUCUUUAUGGUGAUAAACUGGAAAAGUCAUGGAUGGUUGAUCAAGCUUGUUCAACUAAAAAUUUGCUGGAGGGAGGUAGUUUUCGUAAAACAAUAUGGAUUUUCAUGAAAAGCAUAGUGUCAAAAUUACUUGCUUGCAUCACUAGCAUUGCUGAUGUGAAUUCAAAUUUUGAUAUGUUAUUGCAAGAUGGUUCAGAAGAAUGGCAAACUGAUCUGUGGAUGAAUAUUUUCAGUGGUAUCUCUAUUUCAUGGAAAGACGUCAAACAUAAAGAAAAAUUCAAUACAGCCAGCGACUUGCAGUUUGGUAAAGGCAGGCUUCAUAUCCCAUUCAGCUAUUUAUUUCUCAAAGAACUUGAGCACAGAUUUAAUAUAUUUGAUGAACAUCGAUUUGUUGCUUCUCUUGGGGAUUGGUGUCAUAUGGCUCAUCUCCAAACAGCAUAUAAAUCAUUUGGACAUAAGUUUUUAUCAUUAUUCAUUCAAGACAUCAUCACGAUGGUGUAUGUCCCCGGGAGUCAGUUGGAAAAAGAAUCAUUUGCAGUAGAACAUGUUGUUGAAAUUUUGGCAAAUAAAUUUUCGCAUACCAAAACAAAACCACUUGAAAAUAGUAUCUUUAUGGUAUUGUACAUAAGGUCCUUUCUACCGUAUUUUUCUGCAAUUUUCAAGAUAUGGCCUGAACUUAUUGCCAAUUCAAAACAAUGGGUUGAACAGGAGCACUCAAUUGAAACAGUUUUGCAAUAUGCAUUCAAAGAUGUUUGUGCAGUGCUGUAUGGAAAAUCUAAUGAAAUAAGCAGAGUUGAUUUAUGCGUAGCAUGGGUAAAUGAAGUUUAUUUUGCAAAAAAGAUAUUCAGCUCAUUUCUUGAUGAAAGGGAAUUUAAAAGUAGUCUAUGGAGAGGGGUGUCCUUAUUGUAUUUAUUUUUGACACAGUUGAUGCCAAACAACCCAACAAGCGAAAUGGAUUAUAAUUAUCUUGAAGUGAUAUCGAAAGAAGCUGAAGUUUUGGCACCAGUUAUUCUUGAUAUUGAAAACGUAGACGGUGUGACUCUUAUGUGUAGCGUCUUGAGUAAUUGCUAUGAGGAUGUAAGGCUCAAAAUACUUCUUUCAUGGAGUGAUAUUCAGUGCCCGAUCUGCAGUGGACGAAUCCAUGAUCCAGUUAAGCUUGACUGUGAUGACAACCACUAUAUUUGUGGAAAUUGUUUCGAGACAAGUGAAUCUACAACUUGUAAUCGAUGUCCACAGAAUGUCUCGCAAACUGGGGAAGAGACUUCCCGCUCUGAACUUAUUUUAACAGAAGAGCAAGACCAAGAAAUAGAGGAAUUCAAAUUAAAAUGCACAAGUUUUUUCCUCAAUUAUGUGAUGAACUAUAUGAUAUUUGAUGAUAAAUCAGUUCUGACAGAAGUUUCAGAUUUGUUGUUCAAUGAGAUAUUUUUGCCACAGCAAGGAAAUUUAGUGAAAACUGCAUUGGAUUUCAAUGUAAUGAUGAAGAGUCUCAUUAUGAAGCUAUUAAUGAAAAUAAAUGGAGACGAUGUAGUGAGAAAAGUUGAUCAAUACUUAUCAUCUUGUUCACCUGAAAAUAAAAAGUUACCAAUCCUAUAUAUUUUGAAAUAUUUUGAAGACAUACAAACGAACUGUCCUACUAUUGAAGUGAUGGAAAGAUGUGUCUCAGAAAUUAAAACCAUGGAAAUCAUUAACAUGCAAAUGCUGGAAAAAGUGGCAAUGCUUCGAGUUGGUUUGAAUAGGAUGGCCCUUCAAUUGCAAAAUGUGAGAAUGGGUAAAAUGGAAGAAAGAGAAGUUAGUGAAAUAUUAACGUUCCUGAGCAAUGAAGGCAUGAGAAAUUUCAGAGAAUAUUUCACAAAAGUUGGCUGCUCAAUUUUCGGUUCUAAAUGGUUGAAGGAGCAGCUAAAUAAACAAUAUUCCUCAUUAAUAUUUCCAAGUGAUUUCCUGCAUUCCCUAGAUGUAACAGACUACUGGAAAUUUUUGGGUGAUAAAUAUUGUCCACCAAGUAUCCAAAAUUUAAAAGGAAUAUUUUUGAAGCUUAUGGAUUUUGAGCGUCUUGAUGAUAUUGCUCCGAUUUUGUCAUGUAUGAUGCUGACAUUGCAUGACGAUCAGAUGAAGCGUAUGGUUAAUAAACAACUCAAAAGUUUACCGCAAGAUUUAGAUUUUUUUAAAAAACAAUUGAUGGUUGUACUCAGAAUAUUUCAUUCUCCAUCUUACCAAGAUAAUGUAUCAUUGUUCCAAUUGAUGGUCUUGGUCGUAAUUGCAGUUUCCAAGCAAAAGUACUUGUUGGAUUCUUUCAAGAUGCUAAUCCAAGAUACAGAUUCAGUGAAAAAUCUCUAUCUGCCAUCAAUGCCAGAAUCAAUGUUUUUUUCUCUUCCCGCUCAACUAAAAACCAUUGGAAGAAAUCCUUAUGGACAUAUGGUACAUGGUUUGCACACAUGUCCUAAUGGCCAUAUCUAUUUUAUCGGAGAAUGUACUAAUCCUACAGAAGAAGCCAAGUGUAUUGAUUGUGGCGAAACUAUUGGAGGUGUUGGAGAAAAACUUAGUUCACGAAAUGAAAGAUAUACUGUACCAACAGCAGAAGAGUCCCACACUGGUUACAUAUUAGACACUCUUGACAAAACAAAGAGGAAUCGAAUGGAUAAUCCAGAAGACAGAAUGACAAAACAAGGAGUUGCAUUUACCAGAUUCGUACUUCACUCAUGCAUGCUCAUAAGUGUUUGGGAUCAAAACAAAGUUGUUGAAAAGUUGAGCAGAAGAGGAAAUUGGACUUAUGACUCUUUUGUCUCUUACCUUUUUCACCAAAUGCAAUCAAAUAUUGAUGGUUUCGCUCAAGCUAUCAGUAAAAAUACUGAUGAUGCAGAACUAGUCAUGCACAAGAUAUUCGAAUUCACCAUCAAUUCUAAGGUUCAAAACACUAAAACUCAUAAUUGGUCAAGUAUUGAAUCAAGAAAAACAUGGGAGAACGAAUUCCGAAGUACAUUUUUACUAAAAGUGCUUGGUGAAGCGGACCAAACAAUCAGAGAAUCAUGGAGUGUUAUUAAAGAUAAUAGCCCAAUUCAGAGACUUGUACGGGAUUUGCAAGUAUCAGCUGUAAGCUCAGAGAGAAUGGCAUGCCAGGAACCAAUUCUUUGGCAUUUGUUGCAGAAUCCAAGUACGACUCAUCUGCAGCAAUUUAUAAUGGAUAAUGCGGGUGAACAAUGCA